AUGUGGCGAGAUCGUACAAAUCUCUACAUUUCCUACCGCCAAUCCUACGCACAUCACCCAGCCAAGAAACCGAAAUACUCCUCCUCCGGCAAUGGCUACAGCUCCUCCAUUCCCUCAGGGUCCUCAGAGCGCCAGGGUCUCAUGUCCGCUGGCGCAUUUGAGGACGAUGGUGAUGCAGUCAUAGAGAUGGAUCUAUUACCCCCACGGUGGGCCGAUAUCUCAGAUGAAGUGACAGAAUAUCUCACCGAUAUUGCGGCGAAGAGCGUGAAGCUAGACAAGCUGCACCAGAAGCAUGUGUUACCGGGAUUCGACGAUGAGGAAGUCAAGCGGAACGAAGAAGGGGAGAUUGAACGGUUGACUCAAGACAUCACGAGGGGCUUCCACCAAUGUCAGAAAGCAAUACAGAGGGUAGAGCAAAUGGUCAGGGAAAGCCAACAGCAAGGUGGCAUUAGCAAGGGAGAAGAGACCAUGGCCAGAAACAUUCAGAUAUCCUUAGCAGGAAGAGUACAAGAGGCCAGCGCAGGGUUCAGGAAAAAGCAGAGCGCAUACCUGAAAAAACUUCGCGGCCUCAGCGGCAUGUCUGCCCCAAUCGAUCGAGCUUCCACACCCCUGUACAGCAAUUACAACGACCCUUCAUUAAUGGAAUCCGACGCUGAUAAGUCGUACUCGCAAUCAACACUACAACAAACAUCACAGAAACAACUGACCUCCAACGACUCAGCAAUAAUGCAACGAGAACGAGAAAUAACAGACAUAGCACAAGGCAUCAUUGAGCUAGCCGACAUUUUCAAGGAGCUACAAAGCAUGAUUAUCGAUCAAGGCACGAUGUUGGAUCGAAUAGACUACAACGUUGAGCGAAUGGCUACAGAUGUCAAGGGUGCGGAGAAGGAACUGAAAGUUGCGAGUGGAUACCAAAGGAAAGGUACGAAGAGAAGGAUAAUCUUCCUACUAAUCAUCCUAGUGGUGGGGAUGUUCAUUCUAUUGCUUGUGAAGCCGAAACGGCAUAGCGGUAGAGGAGGAGAUCAGCCACCAGAAGAUGUACCACCACCUUGA